CAGGUAGAGAUGAUUAUUUACACAGUCAUAAAUAAUGUUACUAUUGCAAAUUUAACAACAGAAAUGCCCUCCAAUUUUGGAAUGACCCAAAGAGUGACAACCUUCCACAAUCGCAUUCAUAACGAUACGAAACACGUGGUCACCGUGCUGACCAUUUUAAAUAUGUUCCAUUGAAAUAUUUGAGCCUGACAAAAUAUUGUUUUACUGUAAUAUUAUGACAAAUUAGACUAGGUUUGGAACACGCUUAAAAAAAGGAAAGCUUCUGAAUAAACAUAAUGGGAUCCAUAUGGCAAUAUUGGCACGACUACGGAAUAAGAUAAAUGACUUCUAGCCACGUGCUCUAAGGUAAAAAUAGAGUUAUCGUCACAAACCUGAAGUAAAUUGACACCAACAUCAGCUGAAGCAUAAACCACAAAUUGUCAACGAACAAUGAAGCCUAACUCGACACUAACCUAACACACAAUGUCAACUCUCAUACAAACGCAGUCGCACAUAGAGAGAUAGAUUGAUAGCCAUCAAUUAUAAUCAUUUCAACCGUAUCCAUGAAAGCAUGUGACAUCUGUCAGGGCGUUCCCAUAUAAACGCGAACUUUGCUCAGUUUUAAUAACGCGCUGUAUAUAUACACAACAGCGUGUAAAAAAAAAAAAGUCCAGCGUGUCAACAGAAACAAAACUCCCCAUCGGAAGUGGUGCGUUUGAGUAUUAUUUGAAAAACUGUAAAAUCGGUUUUUAAAACUAAGGAGUAAAGUGGGUGUGUUGAAUGCUAGUAAAAAAAUAAUUAUAUAGUAAUAAAAGUAUUGAAGAGCCAUAUCCACGUGUUAAAGGGUGUUUAAAUGGUUCGCGUGUACAAAUAAUGACCUUGGCGGCGAGUGAAGCUACCUGAAUUCCGUUUGUCUUUGAAGGCAGCAAGCGUCGGCCGCGCCCCUCCUCCACUCCCCGGCUUCAGGUAACUUUGUCCCGGGUUUCUGAGUUCCGUACGUUGUCGGCCGCCACUCUCCUUCCAGCCAGGUUAGGCCAACGGGGCAGACAGCAAGCCAUGGCCGACUCCCAGCUCGUGUGCAUGGAGGACGGCCGAAUCGGCGUCCAGGUGCCGGAGACGCGGCCGGAGUUCUACUACAGCGAGGAGCAGCGCGCCGCCAUCGAGGAGCUCCUCAAGAACGGCGACGGUGCCUUCAAAAUGCGUCUCAAGGACGACAACAUGAAAGACUUUUUAUCCGCCAGAGAGGUGAAAAUGUUGAACAACAACUUCAGACACUACGACGGAGCCGGGGAGGGGGACGGACAUGCGGCCGCGGGGUCGUCUCCGUCCUCGGACUCGGGGGUCCACUCCACCUACUGGCCGCAGAUGUCCGACACCGAGGUGCCGCCGCUGGACAUCGGCUGGCCCAGCUGGGGCUUCUUCAAGGGGGUGACCCGAGUGGCGGUCCACACGCACCCGCCCAAGGACAACGGACCCCAUAUCAAGGAGGUGGUGCGCAGGCUCAUCCAGGGGGCCAGCAAGGUGAUCGCCAUCGUGAUGGACCUGCUCACCGACCUCCAGAUCCUGCAGGACCUGAUGGACGCCGCCUGGCGCCGCUCGGUGCCCAUCUACAUCCUGCUGGACAACCACGGCGUGCCGCACUUCCUGGACAUGUGCUCCCGGCUGCACAUCGGCGCCCAGCACCUGCGGAACAUCCGUGCCAGAACCCUCACGGGGGUGGGCUUCAACUUGUCCUUCGGCAGACUCCCCGGCUCCAUGUGCUCCAAGUAUAUGCUGGUGGAUGGAGAGAAGGUGGUCUUUGGAUCCUACAGCUUCUCGUGGUCCACGUCGCGCAUGGACCGCAACACCAUCACGGUGAUGACGGGCCAAGUGGUGGAGUUCUUCGACCAGGACUUCCGCGAGCUCUACGCCGUGUCGGAGAAGCUGGACCUCUUCCGCGAGUUCCACGUCAGCCCGCCGGCCAACGUCAGCGCCGCCGCGCGCGCCAAGGCGGGCCCCAAGCGGCCCCCGCUUCCCGCCACCACGUCCCGCUUCCAAGUCAGCCUGGGCGACGCCCGCAAAGUCAACAACAUCGAGGUCCCCGCUCACAAGUACUACAACCCCAAGUACUUCCUGCUGUUCCCGGACGUGCCGCAUCCGGCCAGGUCCCUCCAAGGGCCCACCAAACCGUCGGAGCUCUUGCGGCUCACCGUGCCCCAGGACCCGGUCACCAGUAGCGAGAAGCUGGACCGGCUCAGCCCGCUCCCGUCGGAAGCCCCCGUGGAGUUCUUCAAGAAACCCAACGGGGUCCCGCAGGAGAAGAAGAGACUGACGCUGAAGCAGAAGAUCACCAAGAGGUUGUCGUCCAGCAAGCUGUCCAUCAACAGCGGCAGGUCCAGCCCCGCCCCCGCCGGAUCCGCGGAAUACCUGGGGAGCCAGGACCCCCUGGAGGUCAAGGUCAAGUCGCCCGCCAACAGGCUCAGGCUCCUCAAGAGGCCGUCCACGCUCGGGCCCAGGAGCGACUCGGUGCAGACGGUCGACACCACGCAAGACAACUUGAGCAUGAAGAGUCACCAUCGAUCUAAGCAAGUCUGCAAAGUGUCCUGAGCUCUCGUCUUGGACAAAGAUUUUUUUUUUCUCCCCUCAAGUAUAUUUGAAACGGUUUACAAGCACUAAAUUCACUUUUGUUCGCAUGCGUCUUGGACAUCCUGCGGCUAACAGGAAGUAGCGCGCUCGCGGAACAGCUGACCAAUAGUGGCCAUAAAAACAAGAGUGCCUUCUUCAUUGUUGUAGAAAAAUAAAAUAACUUGGACAGUA